CGCUAACGAAAAUAACGCAGAACAACAUCAUUGGGAUUCGGAUUCCGGGGGUAGCGUAUAGAAGAUCACAAAAUUUGAUGCCGAUGGCAGCACCGGCGGCCACUAGCCGGUUUUCGGCGUCGGACUUACCGCCGUUGCCGCCAGCGGAGCAACUUUUGACCGUCGAUUUUCUAAGCGAACAGAUGACCCAUUGCAUGAAUUUCUUCUCCGUUCCCCGAUGCACGGACGACGUAAAUGGUGGGUUUUACCACUUUUACGCCGAAGACGGCGAGGUGUUCGACACACGGACGAAGCUUUUGGUUACGCAAGCCCGCUUCGUGUUUAGUUACGCCAAGGCCCACGAGCAAUUAUCCAAAACAAGAGCUGCCGCCCCGAUGGAAUCUUACUUGAAAGCCGUGAUGCGUGGGAUUAAUUACUUGUUUCACGGCCCGCUCCGAAACCCGGAGAACGGUGCGUAUUUUUGGUCGAUCAGGGAGGGACCAACCACAGACCCGAUGGAACCACUUGACCUAACGAUGAAAAAGGUCCCCCCGGAGCCGCUGGACAGCCGGAUUUACACCUACGGCUUGGCGCAGUGUCUGCUCGCCUACAGUGCGGCACUGAAGCUCGGUGUGAAGGAGGCAAGGAAAAUGGUCGACGAAACUUGGGACACGCUGGAAGCAAAGAUGUGGGACGCCGAAAAUGGGUUGUACGCGGAGGAGGCAGAUGACAACUGGAACUGGACCAGUUACCGCAGCGAGUCCGGGAAUCUACACAUGACGGAAGCGCUCUUAGAAACCUACGCGGCGACGAAAGAUUUGAAGUUCUUCCGCCGCGCACUACUUAUCGCCGAUAACAUUUGUCGUCGACAGGUCACGGUGACCCGACUACAGAAAGCGGUUGCUGGAACGGAUAGCGGAGCGCCGAGGAAAGCGUCUAAAAAUCUAGUUCUUGAGGACAAAUAUGCGGCUCGUGAGGGAGGAACCACGUGCACGACAGAGAGCAGUACUGCGGAAGUUGAGACAAUGUCCGGUCGCUUGUCCCGGACUUGUCUACCGCUGAUUUGGGAGCACUACGAUGAAAAAUGGGAACCCGUUUUGGACUUCACGAACACCUCCAAAGAAUUGGAAAUUUUCCGGCCGUGGGGCUUUCAACCCGGGCACCAAGUCGAGUGGGCGCGGUUCCUGCUGGAGCUGCACGAAAUCGGAAAAGGUGUCGAAGGUUGCGAACAGGAGUGGUUGCUGCCGAAAGCGCGGAACCUCUUCCACCUCGCGGUCAAGUACGCCUGGGAUGUGGAAAAGGGCGGCUUGGCGUACAGCUUGAACUUAGAUGGCAGUAUCUGCAACUACGACAAGAUUUUCUGGGUCCAGUCGGAAACUCUCGGAACGUGUGUGAUGCUCCUGGCGAUGGAAGAACACAAUGAUCUUGCUGAUCCUGUACCUGUUCUUGAUGAAUACAGCAAGGCCGAGUUGGCUUCUUUUUACGAAAAACUCUGGAUUCACAGCUGGAAGUAUUCCAUAGAUCACAUAUACGGCUCGUGGCGCCGCAGGCUAUCACGAGAUCACGUACCUUACUUUUCAAAAAAGACAAAGCUGUCGCUUUGUGUAGACCCGGACUUUCACAUGAUGGGCGCUUUCUCUGCCGGUUGCCGCGCACUCGAACGACGAAGAAAACAAGUUGACAAGUCUGUGCAAGGCAGUAUCAAAAAUUGAAUUUAGUGACAAUCCUAGUCGAGCUCGACCCGGUGGUGGUCCGUACAGAAAAAAUAAGCCCAUCGGAAUCGAUCUUCUGAUCCAC